AUGUGUCAUAUAUCAUACACCCAUAUUGUAUACGCGCCAUUGCCUCGCUGGGAUUAGGACUGAUGCCCCCAUUUCUCAGGGCUUACAUCAGUUUUCCCUCCUCCCCCUCAGCUCCCGGCUCCUGAGGGUAGAUGGGGCAAGGUUGCCACCAUCGCCUCCACCAGUGAGGUAUGCUACUACAUAUUCUGUUGGAAUGUCCACCACUUCCGCUACGAUCGGAAAUGUGCUUCCUUUUCGCCCCUGACGUGUCGUCGUUGGCUGUGCGCGCACGAGCCCUCCUCUCCUAACGAGUUCGGCAAUGCCUGCCGUCGGGUUUCGGGCGGAUGUGACGGUGCGAUACGAAUCACAUGA